ACCAGAGCGAGCCCACGUUGACACAGUUCCCACUCACCCACCGAGGAGCCAGGAUGGAUGCUGGGAUUGUGCCUCUGCUCUCCACACUGCUGGGGCUGCUGCUCUUGUCCACACCCGGGACUCGAGGUGCCAACCCCGCCCUGGUGGCCCGGAUCACCGACAAGGGCCUGGAGUACGCGGCCAAGGAGGGGGUGUUGGCUCUGCAGAGAGAGCUGCAGAAGAUCACCCUGCCCGACUUCACCGGGGACUUCAAGAUCAAGGCUGUGGGCCGUGGACAUUACGAGUUCCAUAGCCUGAAGGUCCAGGACUGUGAACUGCGUGGCUCCUCCCUGAAGCCGCUCCCAGGCCAGGGCCUGAGUCUCGCCAUCUCCGACUCUUCCAUCGAGGUCAAAGGCAAGUGGAAGGCACGCAAGUCCUUCCUGAAACUUCAGGGCUCCUUUGACCUGGAUGUCAAGGGUAUCACCAUCUCAGUGGACCUCCUCUUGGGCAGCGAUUCCCUGGGGCGGCCCACAAUCACCGCCUCCAGGUGCAGCAGCCGCAUCUAUGAUGUGAAUGUGGACAUAUCAGGAAAGGUGGGGUGGCUGCUGAAUAUCUUCCACAACCAGAUCGAAUCCAAGCUCCGAAAAGUAUUGGAGAAGAAGGUUUGUGACCUGAUCCAGGAGUCCGUGACCUCCGACCUGCAGCCUUAUCUCCAAACUCUGCCAGUCACAGCGGAGAUUGACGAGGUCCUGGGCAUUGACUACAGUUUGGUGGAGGCUCCCCGCGCAACGGCCCAGGCGCUAGAUGUGAUGUUCAAGGGUGAAAUUUUUAAUCGGCAUCGCCAGUCCUCACCUGCCUCCCCCACUCCAACAAUGAACCUACCUGAAGACAGUAAACGAAUGGUCUACUUUGCCAUCUCAGAUCAGGCCUUCAACACAGCCAGCCGGGUGUAUCACCAGGCUGGGUACCUGAACUUCUCCAUCACAGAUGACAUGUUACCACCUAACUCCAACAUCCGGCUGAACACCAAGGCCUUCCGCCCCUUCACCCCCCAGAUAACCAGAAAAUACCCCGACAUGAACUUGGAGCUCCAAGGAACAGUGGUCUCUACCCCGCUCCUGCAUAUCAGUCCUGGGAAUCUAUCCUUGGCCCCUCAAAUGGAGAUUGAAGGCUUCGUACUCCUGCCCAGCUCCACCCGCGAGCCUGUCUUCCGGCUUGGUGUGGUCGCUAAUGUGUUUGCCUCAUUGACCUUCAACAACAGCAAGGUCACCGGGAUGCUGCAUCCAGAGAAGGCACAAGUGAAACUGAUAGAGUCCAAAGUCGGCAUAUUCAAUGUGAACCUGUUUCAGGCAUUCCUCAACUACUACCUUCUCAACACCCUCUACCCUGAUGUCAACGGUGAGCUGGCCAAGGGCUUCCCCCUCCCUCUUCCAAGGAAUAUUCAGCUCCACGACCUUGACCUCCAGAUCCACAAGAACUUCCUGUAUUUGGGUGCCAAUGUCCAGUACAUAAGAGCCUGAGGACAAGAAGAAAGAUGGACCCAGGAGACCACAGCUGGACCUGCCAUCUGCAAUUCCAGAUGUGCAGCACAUCUCUGGAGAGUCCCCGAACACAAAGAUGUUUCUGUUCCUGGCUGUGGUAGACCCUGUUCCCACAGGCCUCUUCUCCACCAUGUGCACCCUCUUGGCCUGGACUUGACUCUCUCUUCCAGGAAGGGCUCUCUCCCCACACUGACCUGGAAGAGCUUUCAAAGCAGGCACUGUGGUUAAGAGCAGACGCUGUGGUUUUGAAUUCACCAUUUGGUAUCUGGCAGAGUGUUGGCACUUAGUAGGUCCUCAAUAAAUAUUUAUAGAAUGACAUGACA